AAAUAUUAAGUAAAAUGCAAAACUAGUAGCUCUAUAAUUUUCAUCGAAGAACGGAGAAGGGUCGCGUGGGAGCGCUUAAGAUUUCCGUACGCAAAAGAAUUGCAGAACAGUGCUUUACUUAUAAAAAAAAUAUACAUUAAGUUUUGUGUUUGUAGAACUUUUCAUAAAAAUUACUAAAAUUUACAAUUGUUAAGCGUAAAGUGUGGCUUUCUAUGUGCACUAUUCCGCUCUCCGAAUUCGAGUUGAAGUACUCUUUCAUAAUGGAUGAACUAGUCGAUGAAGUGAAAUUAAAUUUUCCGGAUGAGAAAAUUAAUACAAAAUUAUUGCAUACGAUUUGCUACGCAGCAAAGCUAAAUCAAGCAAAAGUGCUAGUUGCCUCUUUGAAUGAAGUGCGCAACAGGCAACUCGCUAAUUAUUUAGUUAAUUUGCGAUUCGACGAAAUCGAUGGCCAGUCAGUUACACCGCUCGUCAUGGCCGCUAUGUCCGGCAAUAUUAUUUUCGUCAAAACCCUUUUGGGACAAUAUGAUAUUGACUUAGAGAAAGAGUGCAAUGUUAUUUUUGAUGGACUUGUCGUUUAUGGCGCUACUGCACUUUGGGUAGCAGCUGGUAUGGGUCACAUGCAGAUUGUAAAAUUAUUAGUUAAACGUGGUGCGGAUGUCAAUCAUAAUACAAAAGCACAGUCGUCACCUCUACGUGCAGCCUGCUAUGAAGGACGAUUGGAUAUUGUACGUUAUUUAAUUCAACAUGGCGCAGAAGUCAACUUAGCCAAUCAAUAUAAUAAUACUUCGAUUAUGAUUGCUGCUUAUAAAGGACAUACUGAUGUGGUUGAUACUUUACUCAAAAACGGUGCAAGUCCGAAUGAACAAGCACUUUGCGGUGCCACAGCUCUACAUUAUGCGGCUGAAUGUGGUCAUUUGGAUGUUUGCCGUUUGCUUCUUGACCAUGGUGCACGUUUACUGAAGAAUGAGCAGGGUUUAACACCGGUACAACAAGCAGCAGAACACCUACAUGAAGGUGUUGUGGAACUAUUUAUUGAAAGACCAGGACUUAUGUAUAAAGAAGAAGUCAUAAUGGCUAUUGAAUUAAUGGGUGCUUGUUUCGCUAAUGAUAAAGAUCAUUAUAAUAUACAAAAAGCAUAUCAAUAUUUAAUGCAAGCAAUGGAAAUGCGUUAUUCAGAUCCAGAAAACAUAGUACGCAAACGUGUGCUGGCACCCAUAGGCGCCUAUGACGAUUGGUUUGAAACUGAAAAUAUACCAGAACUGCAAGCGAUACGUUUAAAUCAUCACUCUAUACAUAUGGAAUCACUUACUAUACGCGAACGUAUACUAGGCAAAUAUUAUCCGGAUUUACCACAAGCAAUAGUAUAUCGUGGUGCUGUAAUGGCCGACCAAGGUCGUUUUGAACAAUGUCAGACCUUAUGGAAUUAUGCUAUUGAUUUGCGUAUGAUUAAUAAUAUAUCCGUUGAAAGAGAUUUGUUGCGUUUCGCGCAAUUAUUCUCUCAAAUGCUCAGAAUUGACAGGGCAAUUAUAGAUCUCUCAACUGUUUUAUCAGUACUUGUCAAAUGCCAACAAGAAAUAGAAAAUAACAAAUAUAAAAUUGCACAUCCAGGACCCAAAGAUCUGCCCCAGUUGUUAAUAGAUCACAAUGAACAGAAUGUCGUGACGGCGUUGUAUAUUAUCAAAAUAAUAACAAAGUUAUCCUGUCGCACAGACAUUGAAGUACUAAAAGAACAAAUCGAUCUUUUAUAUUCAACAUUACUUAAAUUUAUACAAUGUGAUACACGAUUAGCAGACGGUCAAACUCUGCUGCACUUAUCUGUGAAUGGAGUUACACCUGUGGAUGAUUUUUUACCAGCGGCAAUAUGCAGAUUUCCAUGCUAUCGUACAGCUUUGUUGCUAGUCAAUAUUGGAGCUUCUGUUUCUGCUAUUGAUUGUGAUCGGAAUACACCAUUGCACACAUUAGUUUCAAGUACGCAGUUCUCACCUGAAGAAAAUCCACACCUUUCUGUGCAAGUGGAAAAACUUGUGAAACUUUUUGUAGAUGUUGGUGCACAUUUGGAUGCAGUGAAUGCACAAGGUCUUACACCAGCACAAGCUAGCAAAGUUGUCAGUAUUGGUAAUCUCAUAUUGGGCUUUCAAAAUUCUAUGACAUCUCUUAAGUGCCUUACAUCACGUUGCAUUGCUCUGCAUAAAAUCAAGUACCAAGGAUUGAUCCCCACAUCACUGGAAGCAUUUAUACAAAUGCAUAGUGCUGAGAAAUUCUGUGCGUAAUUUAUUUAAUAUAAUAUAUAAAAUAAUGUUUACAUUUGGCUGCAGUAUUUUGUAAAGACAUUUAAAAACAUGAAUAGACUUAGAUAUGUCA